GUAACUUAUAUUCACAGCUUUUUAGCUAAGAUCGAGAGAGACUGAGAGAAUAUGAAUUCUUUCGUUACAUUUCUUCUUCUCAUUUCUUGCAUUUUUCCAGCUUUGGUUGACUGCAGAGUCAGAAACUACAAAUUCCAUGUGGUGACGAAGAACGUGACAAGGCUGUGUUCAAGCAAGCCCAUUGUCACCGUCAACGGCAAGUUUCCAGGACCCACACUCUACGCCAGAGAAGGCGAUAAUGUUAUCGUCAAAGUCGUCAACCUCGUCAACCACAACGUUUCCAUCCACUGGCAUGGUGUCCGGCAACUGCGAACCGGGUGGGCUGACGGACCUUAUAUCACACAAUGUCCGAUUCAGCCGGGGCAGAGCUUUGUGUACAACUUCACCAUUAGUGGGCAAAGAGGGACGCUUCUAUGGCACGGGCAUAUCAACUGGCUAAGGGCAACAGUGCAUGGAGCCUUAGUGAUCUUGCCGAAGCGAGGCGUGCCCUAUCCCUUCCCAAAACCAGACCAUGAGUUGGUGUUGGUGUUAGCAGAAUGGUGGAAAUCUGAUACUGAGGCUGUCAUCAAUGAAGCUCUCCAAUCAGGAGUGGCUCCCAAUGUCUCUGAUGCUCACACCAUCAAUGGCCUUCCUGGCACUGUCGCCAAUUGUUCUACCCAAGAUGUGUUCAAGUUGCCGGUAGAAAGUGGGAAGACAUAUUUGCUGAGGAUCAUCAACGCUGCACUCAAUGAGGAACUGUUCUUCAAGAUCGCCGGCCACAGCGUCACCGUCGUAGAAGUUGACGCCACCUACGUCAAGCCGUUCACCACCGACACCAUCAUCAUCGCUCCGGGCCAAACCACCAACGUCCUUCUAACCGCACACCAGGAAUCUGGAAAAUACAUGAUCGCAGCCUCUCCUUUCAUGGACGCUCCGGUGGCCGUAGAUAACCAGACAGCCACAGCCACCCUUCACUACACAGGCACUAGUCCUCUCUCCGGUGCUUCCCCUACGGUUCUCACCACCCCUCCUCCCAAAAAUGCCACCCAAAUAGCCAACCAGUUCACCAACUCUCUCAAAAGCCUGAAUUCCCCAAAGUACCCCGCCACAGUUCCACAGAAGAUUGAUCAUUCACUUUUAUUCACAGUGGGAUUAGGGGCUAACCCGUGCCCUACAUGCAAAGCAGGAAAUGGAAGCAGGGUUGUGGCGGCAGUGAAUAACGUGACUUUUGUGAUGCCAAACACGGCCUUGCUUCAGGCUCAUUACUUCAACAUCAAGGGGGUGUUUACCACUGAUUUUCCUGCCAGUCCACCUCACGUGUUUAACUAUACAGCCAAUAUAACUCAGAAUAUACAAACCCAGAACGGGACAAGGCUGUAUAGGGUACCCUACAAUUCGACGAUUCAGGUGGUGUUGCAGGACACAGGGGUGAUAGCCCCAGAGAGCCAUCCUAUUCAUCUUCAUGGGUUUAAUUUCUUUGUGGUGGGGAGAGGUGUAGGGAAUUACGACCCCGAGCAAGAUCCCAAGAAGUUUAACCAAGUAGAUCCUGUGGAGAGGAACACUGUUGCAGUGCCUACUGGUGGCUGGACUGCUCUUAGGUUCACAGCAGAUAAUCCAGGAGUUUGGUUCUUGCACUGCCAUUUUGAGGUGCACACAACAUGGGGAUUAAAGAUGGCAUUUUUGGUGGACAAUGGGAAAGGUCCUAAAGAAUCAUUACUUCCACCACCUAAAGAUCUUCCAAAAUGCUGAUAUGUGUACAUUUGACUUCACUUCAUUAAGUAUAUAAUUGUGAUCGCCAACAGAUCCAAGAGAAGGCUCAUCCCUAUUUCAGAAAUGAGGGUAUGCACAGAUCCAGAGAGAGUGAAUGUAGAUGACUUGGUUAAUUAUUUCAAUAAGCAAACAUUGCACAUGUUUUCCACUUUUCUCUUUUUCGGUGAGUUAGCAAUGUCAGAUUUAGUUUCUUGAAGAACUCUGAAUAAAUUCAAAUUCAAUGAGCGGAGAAUAAUUAGUGGUUGCUUUUGUAUACCCGUUUUUUACUUUAAUUUGGGGAAAUGUCUGUAUGGAUUGCUAUCGACAAAGGUAUAUCAUCAAUCAUCAUUUCGUUGUUCAAUGAAAUCCAUAUGUUUCUUUUUC